UCUCAGAUGCAUUUAUGUCCGACACUCAGCUACCAUGGCUCGUUAUAGAGCGCGCGGAUCGACAUCAUUGCUGUCGAGAAAGCAGUUCCCUUACCCUCCAUAAUGGCAUCCGGAAAGCAGGACACCUUUGGCAACCUCGGCCCCUGGAGUGAGCCCGCCUGGUACAACUCCCUCGCGUCGCCCUACUAUAACGAAUCCCACAGGAAGCUCCGGAAUGCGAUACGGAAAUAUGUCGACGAGAAUAUAAAGCCUUACAUGUUGGAGUGGGAAGAGAAGGGAGAGGCACCGGUUGAAGCACGUCUGGCGUGGGCUCGAUCCGGCUUUGCUUUCGCCGAUGUCCCUGAGCCAUACCGACCAAAGGAUAUUCCUGGGCCUGCCGGAAUACCAGUCGGAGAGCUCGAUGUCUUCCAUCUUUUGACUCUGACAGACGAGACCAGCAGGAUAGAGGGUGGCGUUGGUACUUCGCUGGGAGGUGGAAGCGUCAUUGGUGUCCCGCCCAUCGUGCAUCACGGCACCGAGGAGCAGAAGAGAAAGUGGCUGCCUGGGCUAUUUACUUGGGAGACAAGCUUCUGCUUGGGCAUCACCGAGCCAUCUGGUGGCUCUGAUGUCGCCAACAUCCAGACCACGGCCGAGAAGUCGAAGUGCGGCAAGUACUAUAUCGUUAACGGAUACAAAAAAUGGAUCACUGGCAUGCCCUGGGCUACCCACAUGACCACCGCCGUGCGCACCGGCGGUCCUGGUAUGGGAGGUAUCUCCGUCAUCGUCAUCCCCACAAACUCCAAGGGUCUCACGCACAGGAGGAUACCCAACAGUGGACAGAAGGGUGGAGGCGCGAGCUUCGUCGAAAUGGACGACGUCUACGUGCCCGUUGAGGACCUCAUCGGCAAGGAGAACCAGGGUUUCAAAAUCAUCAUGAAAAAUUUCAAUAAAGAACGAUUUAUCAUGUCCGUUGGCUGCAACCGCAAGGCCCGUACCUGUCUGUCCGAGUCUUUCGAAUAUGCCCACAAGCGCCACACCUUUGGCAGGCCCCUGAUUUCGAAUCAGAUCAUCAGCCACAAGCUGGCGACCAUAGGUCGCUAUGUUGAAAGCCACUGGGCGUGGCUUGAGCAACUUGCCUACCACAUCUCAAAGCACCCUCUGGGCUUUAACGACCCUGCCAUUGCAGGCCAGAUCGCUUUGUCCAAGGUUCAUGGUGGCCGUAUCCUAGAGAUGGCGAAUCGCGAGGCACAGCAGAUUUUCGGAGGGGCUGGCUACCAGCGCGGAGGCACCGGGGCUAUCAUCGAGCAGAUGAGCCGUGAUCUGAGAAUGAUGGUAGGUUCGGAUGAGUCAUUUCGGGUAUGCAGAUGCUGAUGGUGUUGUAGGUCGUCGGCGGCGGCAGUGAGGAGAUUAUCGCAGACCUUGCCCUGAGGCAGGAGACUGCCCUGGCCAAGAAGCGAGGAUGGAAGUUAUAACUGUGAAUAGGAAAGUGACGUUGCAUAAGGCUUCGAGCUAACUAUAUAUCAACAAACAUUCUGAAGGUGCCGAGCCUGGGCUCCCUAAUGCAGACUCAGUGCAACGUUGUACAUAUUAACCCCAGCCUUGGCAGCUGGAGAAAAAGCCCACAGGUCCU